AUGUCUUUGCCCUUCGGAGCAACCAGGUUCACCCCGAUCGAGAGCUCCCUGGGUGGUAUGAUGAUCGGCGCCUCUGCCGCUAUGGCCUACCUCAUCGACGGCAAAAUCACCGGCAUUAGCGGUAUCAUGGGCCCCUUCUUUCGUGGCGUCACUAAGUGUGAUCCUGUGAAGGAUGGACAGCUAUGGAAGUUGCUCUUUUUGACCGGUUUGUUCUUGGGCGGCUUAGUGGAUUUGGCGCUCAACUGGGACUUCUCGUUCCCCCACGCACCUCCUUUGCACGCCGUACGGUACCUGCUGGCAGGUGUGGCGGUGGGCAUCGGGACGCGUGUCGGUAAGGGCUGCACCAGCGGGCACGGGAUUUGCGGCCUGCCGCGCUUCUCUUUGAGAAGUUGGAUUUCAGUGCCCACCUUCAUGGCCGUGGCAGCUGCGACGGUCGCUAUUACCCGACACGCUUUGAAGAUGGAUGGCACGGGGUUCAGCCCGCAGAUUGCUCAAUUGCAGUGGCCCCCCAGGUGGGAGUUUCCUGUGGGCGCCUUCUUGGGCAGCUUGAGCUUGAUUGCGCUCACCGUGCUUUUGCCUGACCGCUUCAAAGUGUUUGUGUCACCGCUGUCCUCGGGCCUCAUCUUCGCCUUCGGCCUGGGCGCCUCUGGCAUGACCAACCCCAGCAAGGUGUUGAACUUCUUGGACUUCGGAGGCUACUGGGAUCCUUCGUUGGCCUUCGUCAUGGGUUGUGGCAUUUGCGUCAGUGGACCUGCUUUCAUUUUGGCCGAGCAGCUGGGAAAGGUCUCGACGCCCUUGAUUGAGGGCUGCAAGUUCGAGAACCCGCCGAAAAAGGGGAACUAUGUGCCCCUGGUGAUUGGUGCCAGCCUUUUUGGCCUUGGGUGGGGCCUUUGCGGACUUUGCCCUGGUCCUGCGCUGGUGGCGCUGGUCCCGAAGAUCGUCACUGGCAUUUGGCGUACUUGGCAGCCAGAUUUCGGAGUCGCCGCUGCUGCCUUGGUCAUUUGCAUUGCGUGGCUUACCACCGACCGGCUGAUCUUGCACUUCGGGUCCCGCGUCACCAGCAGCCCGGUGACCCCUGCAAGCACCGAGAAAGCAGGUCCGUGA